AUGGGCAACCCUCAGCAGCUGGCCAGCCGAGUGGAGGACUUCCUGGCCAAGUCGGGCGUCCGGCGGGUCUUCAGCGGGCACCAGCCCCACGGCGAGAGCCCAACUGUAGUGCGACAUGUCCGCACUGGCCUGCUGGUCAUCACGGCAGACACCUCGUUUUCCAACCUGUCGGCGCUGAAGCUAUUCAACCAGGCCAACAACCGUGGGGAAGUCGUCACAGUUGUGCGCUUGCGGGGCAACGAGGUCCAGCUGGAGGGAGUUCUCCGGGAUGGCUCACCACAUGGCUGCCGGUUGCACUGCGACCCAACCAAGGACAAGAUGCCCGAUGCACUGGUCGGCUGUCAGCUCAACGAUGGCUCUUGGGUCAAGACUGUCAUGGAAGACGGCAGGGUGCUCGCAGCUCUUGGCAAAAGGUUUCAGGUCAAUGUGCAGACCAUGCAUCCCGGGAAGGCAUGUCUCAUGCUAAAGUCUGUGUAUGCAGAUGAGCGCCUGCAUGUCAGCCUCAAGAACCUUAGUGCGGAGUGGCUCCUGGAAUCUCAGCUGGAAGUUCAGCUCUGCCCCACGGACGGCAUGGAAGUUCAGAGCUUGUCCCAUGCCAUGCUCUUCAAGCCGGAGGAGUUCAUGUCUGCUGAGACAUACAUCUUUGAUGGUCACGGCACCCUCUGGGGCGUCAGAGGUGUGCAACACGGCCUCACCAACCAGGAUCUGGAGCAGCAGGUGAUCGCCAAGGUGAACAGCCUGAUCGCUGCUGGGAAGCGAGUGCUGUUUGCCACCAACGACUCCAACUACUCCCGGAGGAUGUAUGUGGACAGGUUGCUGCAGAACGGCAUCCAGCUGUGCGAUGACGACGAGAUGUCCCGCAGACAGGCGAAGCAAAAGGUCGUCACUGCCUCCUUUACCUGCGCCUGGUUUCUCAAGAAGGCUCUGAUAAGACGACCUUUUGUCCUUUGCUCCCACCUGGGCUUACUGGAGGAGCUGAAGGAAGCAGGUAUCACAGACUACGUGGCUACGAUCGAUGAGUACGGGACCCCCAAGCAGGAGUUCUUCGCUCCGGUGACCAAAGAUAAUGUCACCAGACUAGUUCAUCAGUCGAAGGAUGUGGAUGCCAUCGUUGUCGGCUGGGACCAGCAGCUGACAGCCCUCAAAGUCGCCGUGGCCGCGGCCUUCCUAAAGUGGAGCCGUGAUGGCGCUGAAGAAGGGCAGAAUGUCAUGCAGAUAGUGCAGUGCUCCUCAGAUCACGCUGGCGUCCUUGGCGUCACCGCCGAAGAUUUUUUGCCUGGCCGGCAGUGGGCGAAUCGCAGCAUCCCAGCGGUUGGCAACGGCACCAUGAGCCAGAUGAUUUGCGCCUCCGUGGGCAGGGAUAUCAAGGCCAUCGACGUGGGGAAGCCCUCGGAGGUGCUGAUUGAGGCGCUGAAGCGGCCGGUGGAGGAGGAGGGCUAUGGAGUGCAUUUGGACAAGGCAGUGAUGGUUGGUGACACCUUGGACACUGACAUCGAGCUUGCCGUGCGCAGCGGCAUGCGCUCCUUAUUGGUGCUCAGUGGCGUCACCAGCCUAAGUGACCUCGAGAAGCUGAGAGAGACCACGCGGUUUCCCACUUGGGUGGUGGACAGCCUGGCAGACAUCUAG